AACCGAGCUAGAUGGGAGGAACAGAGACCACCAGGGGCUCGACAGCUGCCCCUUCUGCCCGCAGCAGUCGGGAUCGGAAGGACAGGCCCAGCGUUCUGGUGCUCGCAUGGGACAGGUACUUGAGGCAGCUGGAGAGGAAUCCGCUGAGAACAAAGGCGAUUACUUCUUCUGUCAUAGCUGGCUUCAGUGAUGUCGUGGCUCAAAGGAUGAUAUGGAAAGGGCCGCUGAACUGGCGGAGGACAGCUGCUCUGGCGGUGUUUGGGCUGGUGUGGAGUGGGCCAGCCAACCAUUACUGGCAAGCCUUUCUGGAGCGCAUCUUCCGCGGCAAGAGGGAUGCAGCAACGCUGUGCAAGAAGGUGCUGCUGGAUCAGCUAAGCUAUGGGCCGCUCAACAACGCCCUGCUGAUGACCUACAUUGCGUUCAUCGUUGAAGGUCGGUCCUGGGACUUCACAAGGGCAAAGCUGUUCAUCGACUUUGCCAGAGUCCAGAAGAAUGGCUGGCGGCUGUGGCCCCUCGCAUCAUUCAUCAACUACAGAUUUGUGCCGCUGCGCCUGCGCGUGCUCUUCGUCAAUGUGGUUGCCUUCUUCUGGUCAACCUUCAUGAUCCUGAGAUCCCGCACAUCCCUUGUGGCAAUCAGGAGAUGAGCGUUAUUUGCACUUAGAAAUUGGUUCUAUUUCAGAUGACUUGUUCAUCUCUUCUGAUGUACUUGAAAGAGAGCACUUGCAGCUCUUGUGGGUUUGGGGCCCAGAUACUAUCAUAGUAUGGGAGCCGCUGUAC